GUAGUUAAACAAUAAGGCAUGGCAUGGCAUGGCAGGGCUGGGCUGGAGAACAAACAGUAAAAAACAAGUGUGAAGGCAAACAGUCAAAGACAGAAAAGAUCUUCUGAAAAUGCAAUACAAGGCAGAUGUCAGAUAUUUCAGAGGAGGAAUGGAAGGAAGCUCUGCUCUCCAUCAUGGAGGAACUGAACGAAGAACAGUUCGAGAAGUUGCUAUUUAGACUGACUGACAUUCCCACGUCUCAGAAGAAGAACAAGUCCAAACAAGAGAUGGCCCAAAAAAUCCUUGAGCACUACGGACUAAAAAAAUCUAUUUCUGUAAUUGAUGAUGCCAUGGAUUGGAUACCAAGAAAGGAUCCCAGGAUCCAGAAUCUCCUGCGCCCCUUUGUGGACAAACUGAAGAACGAACAUGAAAAUGGACACAAAACUGUGAAGAUAACAAAUGAUUCAGUGGAGGGGGAAGAAAGGUCUUCAACAGGGCUGAAAAGGAACAUUGAUCAAGUGGAGGGAGAAGAAACAUCUUCAACGGCUGUGGAGAUAAAAAAUGAUUCAGUGGAGGAGGAAGAAAGGUCUUCAACAGAUCAACAGAAGAGCUGCCAACCUGACAGGACAAACACUUUUCCUUGGAAAAUACCCAUCUGUGAUCUGAAACCCAGCAGUGACUUUGGUGACAUUCUCGGCAUCAUAGGGAAAGUUGUUCAGAAAUCAGCUCUGCGCACAUACAACACCAGAGAUGAUGUAAAAAAGUAUUUCUUUUAUCUGUCAAUCGCCGAUGAGACAGGCAGCAUUAAAAUUAUGGUAUAUGGAAAAACGCUUUAUAAAGAAAUCCACGAAGACAAGUCCUACUUGUUCACAGAUCUAAAAAGAGAUGAGAUUAAUGUUAAGGUUACCUCACAGAGCAAGGUGUCAGAGACGAAAACUGUUAUAGUCCCAGAAGAGCACGAGAUGGAAGCUCGGAAACUCAUUUAUCCCGAAAGUCCACUCUACCCCAUUGCUGAAGCCAAAUCGUUUGCUGACAAGACUGAAGUGAGCGUUGAAGGAACCGUCACAAAGAUUGAUCUCAUCAAAAAGAAGAAGGUGAACAGGCAAGAUUUCCAACUAAAAGAUAAGACUGAUUCCAUCAUGAUCUCCAUGUGGCGUGACCACACCAAGCAAUGCAAAGAAUUAUCAGUUGGCGAUAUUAUCAAGAUUACCAACAUGAAGAUCUCCAAGUACUUUAAGAACACAUCACUGAACUCAACUGGAUUCACCAAAAUUCACAAGGUUCAAAGUGUUGGCGUCCACAAUGUGACAAUUCAAAUUAUAGGCAUCGCCAAAGCCAUAAAGAAGGAGACUCACCUCGACGCAGAGGUCAACGGACUGCCGCACAGGCUCGUGGUGGGUUCUCCACUCCUGGCAAAAGCAUUUGGCCUCAAUCUGGAUGAUUUGAAGGAGAGUCUCCUUGAAAAGCUGCCACUGUUUGCCAAUGCAGAAAUACAUGGGAGUAAAAUAAAAAAAUUACAGCAGUUGUAAAAGAGACUGUGAAAAGUGAAAAAGACUUCAUAUUUGCAUCAGCUCAGGAAGCUCAACCUGCCCAAGGAGCUGCUGACACAAUUCUACUUUACAAUCAUUCAGUCUGUUCUCUGCUCUUCCAUCACUGUUUGGUUCGGCCACCAAACAGGAAAGGGACAGACUGCAACGGACAAUAAAGUCUGCAGAGAAAAUUAUUGGUAUCAGCCUGCCUUCCAUCCAGGACUUGUACGGUUUAAAAUUCUCUCCUUUGAGAGGUGCUACAGAGCUCUGUACGCCAAAACAACCAGACACAAGAACAGUUUUUUUUCCCCUCAGGCUCUCUGUGAUGAACAGCUAAAACCGGACUCAAAUGUCAGCAACAUCAGCUGUAAAAUAUCUGUAAAUUACAAAUUAUCUAUGUAAAUAUCUGUACUGUCAUACUGUGCACACUGUAUAUUUAUUUUAUCCUUACACUGUCACCAUUUCACUGAAAAGAAAUCUCCUCUCUUGUUUUUUAACUGAGCCUGUGUCUAUACAUGUUUGAUGUCUGUACCAAGAGAGCAAAGUGUAACCGGAAGCAAAAUCCAUGUGCGUGUGUGUGUUCACAUACCUGGCAAAUAAAAGUGAUUCUGAUAUUUUGUAUUGAAUUCCUCAGAUUCA